CUGAAACGCUUAUUCGGGAAUCCUGGAUCCGGAGAGGAAUACUGUCGACGGGACAUUUUUUAAUACCUAUUACCUACCUGUUUCAGUCACAAGGGAGGAAAAAUACGUCGAAAGGUGGAUGUAACGUUAAAGAGAGUUUUUUCUUUCGUAAAGAUAUAUCGUUAAUUGUUGGCUCUGCUUCAUUAGUUUAACUUCCCGAAACGGAAUUUGUGGCUCCAAAAGAAAAUGUCGCCAAGAUUACAGUUUUAUCCCAUUUUUUGGUGUGUAACAGGUAUUUUGGCUUCCUACGCCCAAGAAUGUGGCCGACCAGUGAUAGUGGAGAACAGGAUUGUGGGAGGGAUGGACACCGUGGAUGGAGCUUGGCCGUGGCAGGUGGAUAUACAGACAGAGAGUCUUGGUCAUAUCUGUGGAGGCUCCAUCAUCACAAAGUACUGGGUCCUAUCAGCUGCUCACUGUUUCCCCAAUCCAUACGAAGUGAGCUCUUACAUCAUCUAUGUUGGCCGGUACCAGCUUAAUGGCUUCAACCAGCACCAGUCAACGCAUCGAGUGAGCCAGGUGGUGAUCCCGACCGGUUACACUGACCCUCAAAGCGGCAAAGAUCUGGCACUGGUGCGGCUGACCAUCCCAGUAACCUGGUCAGAUUACAUCCGUCCCGUCUGCUUGCCUGCCUCUGGCACCCUGUUUCCAGGUGGCAUGCAGUGCUAUGUCACCGGCUGGGGGAACGUGCGGGAUAAUGUCCCUCUGCCAGGAGCCGGGACUCUGCAGGAAGUGCAGGUGCCAAUCAUCUCCCAGAGUUCAUGUCAGGAGAUGUACCAGACGGACCCGAUGGAGCAGGUGGACAUUCUGUAUGACAUGAUCUGUGCUGGAUACCAGCAGGGCGGCAAGGAUUCCUGCCAGGGUGAUUCAGGAGGGCCCCUUGUCUGCAGUAUGGUAAACGGGACCUGGGUGCAGGCUGGGGUGGUGAGUUUUGGGUUGGGCUGUGCUCACCAAAACCAGCCAGGUGUGUAUGCCAGACUGACCACCUUCUCGAGCUUCAUCAGCAACACCAUACCAGAGCUCCAUCUGUAUGGCCGAGCUAAUCAGAACUGGGGCGAGAGGGCUGCCGUGUUGGUCAGCUGUCUGUCCACUCUGCUGGUUCUGCUUCAGAGGUAGAACACUGUGAGUACUGGAUUUCUGGGAGGUCGAACACAAACCAGGCCAAAUGAAGGAUGUGAUUAAUUAUAUGCCUGAACUGUGUCCAAAGUUAUCCUAAACGGUAAAACUAGAAAACUGUACCUGACUUGCAAAUGGUGCCAUAUUGAACAUGAAGUGUAUUAUAAUCUUAAUUUUAGAACUAUAACUUUGCAUUAUGAUCUUUUGAAAAAAGUAGUUUUGAUAGGUUUGUACUUUAAAUCAGAAUGAGCUAAAUAAAUGAUGUGUUCUAUAUUUGAAAUGAAUUGUUAAUUUGAAUCUUAAAAUCAGGUCAGUGCUCUGUUCAACUUCUGAUAGCUGAGUUUGGAAAUGUUUUACCAGUAUCGUGUUUAUGGAUCAAAGCUUCACUUCAUUCUUUCAAAGCUUUCUUGUAUUUUAUACACCCACUCUAGUACACUUUCAACUGUAAGUACUUAAGCGGUUGCCUUUGAAACAAGAUCGAUAACGACCCGUUUUUUGGAACAAAUAUUUCCUAAUUUUCAGUA